AUGAGUGGCAAAAAAGAUACGGAAACUAUAGUUAUUCUUUCAGAUGAUGAAUUUGAACCAAAUGUGUUUUCUAAUGCCAUUUUAUCAGUUAGUGAGACAGGUCAAAACAUAUCUGAUGGCAACUUAAAGCCUCAUACUGCUGGUAAUAGUUCACUAGCAUCUGACCGUGCAAUCCAAAAUGUUGCUUACAUGAAGAAGGAUAUUGCUGAAGCUUUCAGUCUUUCUUCUCAGAAACAAGACUCUGGUAAUUUAUGCAAUAAGCUUGCAGUUGCUCCAUAUGUUGAUUCAAAGUGCCCGGAGAGUUGUAAGAGGGAAGGAAUUUCCAAAUCCAAGGAUAGGGUCAAUUCGAUAAAAUCUUUUGUUGAAACUGUUAGUACUAAGAGUUUGAAUAGAACAGGCAGUAAUAUAGCUUCCAAAAUUAGUGACACUCUGCCAUGUCCUGGUAACGAAGUUUUAAGUGACCUUCGGGAUUCUGAAGAUGACCCGCUAGAAACUGCAUUGAAAUCUGUGGGGCGUACCCAGUUGUAUGUACCAAAGCCCACUUCGAUUUUGAAAAGGCAAGUUACUCAACUAAAAACUACUCUUGAAAACAGAUCUGGUAGUCUUCAUAAGGCAGGGGACCAAACGAGAAGAUUCAAGCCACCAAGUUUGGAUGAUUGGUAUAAACCUAUUCUUGAAAUAGAUUAUUUUGCAAUAGUUUGUUUGUCAUCUGCAAGAAAAGAUGAAAGUCGAGCUGUUAACAGAUUAAAGGAAGUUCCUAGAAUUGAUGAUUUUCAUAUUGUUCGUUUUGUCCAUGACGAUGGUGAUUCUGCAACAUGUCCACAGCUUCAAGCCCAGGCCCAAGCUCAUGCAGCAGUAGCCAGUGGUCUUCUUGGCCAUACAGAAUUACGAUUGCAUAUGCCUCCAUCGAUAACACUUGCAAGCCGAGGGCGUCUGCAGGAUCUCAGACUUCAGCUGACACUUCUUGAUCGGGAGUUUGAUGAUCUAGAUUAA